AUGUCAUUUACGUCAAUCCCCAUUCUCGACCUGAGCCGAUCGCGCAAUCCGGACACCAAGCCGGCCUUUCUGGCAGAGCUGCGCGACGCCCUCAUCGAGGUCGGCUUCUUCUACAUUAAGAAUGUCGGCAUCCCGGACGAGCUCUUUCGACGGGUAAUAGAGCAAGGCCGAGCAUUCUUUGACAUUCCCGAGGAGGAGAAACUCAAGAUCGAGAUGAAAAAUGCCCCGUCGUUCCUGGGCUACUCCCGGCUCUCGGCAGAGAUUACGGCUGGUGCGGCUGACCACCGGGAGCAGAUCGACCUGUCGACGGAGCACGCCGAGCCGGUGCCGGACGCGCCGCGCUACGAGCACCUGCUGGCACCCAACCAGUGGCCGUCCGCCGCCGUCCUGCCGGACUUCCGACCGGCCUUCUCUGAAUUUCUCGACCGCAUGGGCGCCAUGUCGCUCGACUUCACCGCGCUCAUGGCCGAAGCCAUUGGCCUGCCGGCCACGGCCUUUGACCGGUAUUUUGACCCGGAUCCGGCCCGCCGCCAGCACAAGCUCAAGGUGGUCAAAUACCCGGACGAGGCAGAGCUGGGGGUCGGCAAUGGCGACGGCAGCAGCCAGGGCGUCGGCCCCCACAAGGACAGCAUGUACACGACCUUUCUGCUGCAAGCGAGCGCGCACCACGGGCUGCAGGCACAGAACACGCACGGCCAGUGGGUGGACGCGCCGCCAAUCGACGGCACGCUCGUCGUCGUGAUCGGACAGGGGAUCGAGGCCCUGACCCAGGGCGUCUGCGUGUCGACAACACACCGGGUGGUGUCGCCGCCAGCCGGCGCCGGUGCCCGCUUCUCCAUUCCGUUCUUCCAGGGCGUCCGGCUGGACACGGCGUUUGAGGAGCUGGAGCGUGUCGGCAUCGGCGCCGUGCCAGAGCCCGUCAAGGACCAGCGGCGCGCCGUGCUGGCAGCUGCCGCCGCCGCCAACGGAGGCCGUCUGGACGACGUCGAGUUCACCUUCCGUACCGGCGGCGCGGCCAAGACGCUCGGCGAGGCCACGCUCCGCAACCGCGUCAAGAGCCACCCCGACGUCGGCGAGCGCUGGUUCCCGGACAUUCUCGCAGACAUCCGGGCAGAGGAGCGGCAGCAGCAGAGGAAGAAGGGGGAUGGGGAGGCCGUCCGGCCAGGCGAGACGUCGUCUGCUGUUGGUGCAGCCGUAGCCGUCCCAGCCCACUAA